AUGGAGGAAAGCCCUGAAUAUACCGGUACAGCUGCAGCCCAGCGGCGUCCAAACAAACGGCCGCGAGUCCUGGUAGCUUGCCAAAGAUGCAAGAGUCGGCGGCAAAAGUGUGACAAUGCGAGUCCCGAAUGUUCCAACUGCUCGAGAGCCAAAGUAUCAUGUAUCUACAGCGAGAAUGCGUAUCCUUCCUCCUAUGUCAAAAGAAUGGAGGAACGAGUUCGCCAGCUUGAAGCCAGACUCAGUGUUAGCGAACAGAAUUUUGAAAGGGAGCUUUUGGACCAUGAUCCAAAUUCCCCGGAGCUCUUCAAUCCCCGACGUCAGCACCAAUCUGGAUCAUCAUAUCCAGCCGUGGAAAGACAUCCAGAUCGGGUUCCGGGACUGGCCCACGGUCUAGGCUUGCUCUCCUCAUGCGCUGCAGCAGAGCCCCAUUACUUUGGGUUCUCAGCUGGCCUGAGUUUGGCUCACUUUGUCCAAGUAGCCAUCGACUCAGGAAGCAGCUCAGCGGAUGUGUCAUUACCUCUUCUCGCCGAGCGUCCCUUCUCCAACCAAGCCCUAAAUGCGAACGCAACACUGGCCAAACUUCCUUCCUUCAGGACCGGCGCAAGUUACAUGCGGGCCUACUUUUCCAUUGUGCAUCCUUUGUAUCCAUUUCUGGAUAGAUCUGCGGUUUGGAAGCUUCACAAAUCUCUCACUCGACAAGAGCAGCUUGCUGCAGCAAUCCCUCAGAUCGAUAUUGCACUUAUGCAUCUGGUGUACGCGAUUGGCUCAAGAUGCCUACAGUUACUGGGAAAAAUUGACGCGUCGAAAAAUGUGCCAGAAGGUCAUUUUUUAAGUGCAAUGAAGGCCGUCAGCGAGGAUUUGAAAUUCACAAGCAUUAGAUCCAUCGAGGUCACGCUCCUCCUAGCCAUCCACUCCAUGCGUUCCCCGUCGGGAACUAGUGUCUGGCAUCUGUCAGGACUGGCCGUCAGGCAAUGCUUAGAACUUGGUCUCCACAAACAGCGUAUGGUCGACAGUCGCAGCGUCCAGCUUGACCAACAUCGAAAGCGUCUGUUCUGGAGUGCAUACAUCUUUGAGCGCAAGACGGCGCUUGUACUUGGCCGACCAUUCGCGCUUUCAGAUGAAGAGAUCGAUCUUGAUCUACCCAUGAGUGUCGAUGACGAUGAAGAAGAGGAGAGAAAUCUCAUAUCUGCCUUGGAGAUGGAACCGUCAUUACAGCAAACGGAAAGGACCAUUCUAAGCUAUCACUGCCUUCACGUUGAAUUGUACCAAAUACACACAGAGAUCCGUCUCGCCUUACACCGGAUGAAAAAGACGAGCACCAAGGAGCAAGCACAGCAAACGAUGUCGGCGUUGUUUGAAAAACUCGAAGACUGGCGAACUAAGGUUCUCAACACAUAUGAUACCUGUUCACAAGGAGUUCUUCCAGCCUCCAGAUCGAGGGACACCAACAGACGUCGGGAGCCCGGUGAUAGCGGAUCAGACGUAUCAGGCAGCGAGCAAGAAAUUCAGCAUCGGCCUAUUGACGUUGAGAAAUCAGAGCUGCUUCUAGAAUACCACAAAGCUCGCAGGUCCCUGCUACAACCUCUGAUGACAGAAAGCCGGCAGAAUUUCCCCUUCGACACAGCAGAUUUCACUGCUUGUGCUGAGGCAUCUGGUCAGAUCUGUCAACUUUAUCGCCGACUCCAUAGGCUAUCACCAACACCAUUCUCUCUGCGGGAUCUACAUGCAGUCUUUGUUGCUGGAUUCACAUUGAUCUAUUGUGUUUGCACCUGCCCUUCCAUUUACUCAGCACAACGGGUUGGUGAUGUUGGUGCAUGCUCAACUGUUCUGUAUGUCAUUAGCGAACAGUGGUCCAGUGCCAAGAAGUACAGAGAUGCGUUUGAGGUGGUGGCUGAGAAGAUGAUGGAGUCCACGAAAAAGUACCAAGAAACAGGAAGUUUGAAUUAUCUGGACACACAACCAUCGGGGGCGUUGUCAACUACUGCCAGAGCGAGGGAAAGGUCAACGAGCGGUGAGUCCAAUGCAGUUUCGAAGGGGGCGAGCAGUGGACCCGGAGCUCAGAAUGGUGAUGGAACAUUGUUAUCAGAUACUGGCAAUGGCUUCAUAGAAGAGUCAAUGUCACAAACCACUUUAUACAACACCGCCAUCUUGUCAGAAACAAGGGAUGAGCUUUCAUUUCAACAUGACGCUCACGCAACGAUGUGGCACACAGGCUUGGAGCUUGACCUCAACCUCGAAUAUGAUAUUUACGGCAUCGAAGGGCUUCUCUCUAACGAGGGGUUGGAUUGGUUUACAGGCGCUGUACUAUAG